AUGGACUCUAGCGAACGCAAGACUACAAAACGGUCGCGUUUUGAUCAGACUGAACCGGAACCCAAACGCAUAUCCCGUUUCGAUCGGCGCUCUCGCUCCCCCACUGCCCGACGGGUCGAUGCGGCGCGCGAGCAUCCUCUGCCGUCACGCGAGCCAGGUACGCCCGGCGACCAGGAGCCCAAACGCCAUGACCCUGCUGCCGCCGCUGCGGCAAUCGCAGCCAGAAUCAGUGAACAGCUGCAGACUCGGAAAAGCAGCAGCCGGGAUGUUGAUGAGUCUGUAGCAACACCGGUCGCGCCCACGAGCACAAAGGCCACGGCCUUGGCGUCUGCUGCUAAUAUCAAUGGCGAAAUUUACAUCUCCGACGGAGACUACAUAAAGGAUGUUGAGGUCAAUGAUCAAAGAAACCGAUACAUUGUUACAAAGGCUUCAACACAAAAAUUGGUAAACUCCCCGGACAUUGCGCCGCAAACCUCGGGCAGCCCCGUUUUCUGUUUCUGGCUAAAUUUCUUGGCCAAAUGCGCUCUUUUUCGUACAUCUGAGAUGGCCUCACCUUCUUUCGUCUUGGAUGGUUAG